AUGUCAACGCACUCAAACGACUACUUUUCUGCUUCUUCCGGAAUGGUCUCUGAGACAUCGUCCGAGGUUUCUUCGAUAAACUCUUCACAGCCUGUAUCAUUCUCUAAGGCUUCUAUUGCUGCUCCGGUUCCAUGCUCUGAUCUACACAGCACCAAGUCGAACGAUGCAUCGAGAAAAUUGUCUAUUAGUAGGACGUUAACUAAUCGGCUCAACGACAUUAAAAAGGCUGUCGAUGACGACAACUUGCAGACGGAAGAAAAUUCCGCAGACGUUAAUAAAAUAUUAGAAUCUAGAUUUGACGUGGCCGAUGCCAUUAGGCUACAGCACAAUGAGUCAGUCCAGUCAAAGUUAAACAUCCCAGUCACACACACCACGACUGCAGGCGCCUCGUUGUCGGCACCAUCUUCCUCUGCUUUCUCUGCUUCUUCUAUUCAAAAUGAUACUACAGAACAUAAAGCUUCCAUGGACUCCAAACUCAUGAGGAAUAGACUAUAUCCGGCUUCCACGAAACACUCCGGUAAGGAUCUUGAGGCCCAAGGAAUAACCGAAUUCGAGCCUGAUGAACCGACUGUAAAAAAAGUAUUCACCAACAAGUCUACCGGGCAGCUGGAACUGCCCCCCGACGGUGGUUAUGGCUGGGUCGUGACAUUCUGUGUGUUCUUGACCAUGUUUUCCACGUGGGGCUGCAACGCAUCCUUCGGUGUCGACCUUGCCUACUACUUAAACCAUGAUACUUACCCUGGUGCUUCGAAGUACGAUUAUGCCUUAAUUGCUGGCCUAACUGUCUUUCUCGGUCAACUCUUAUCCCCCCUUGUGAUGGCACUGAUGAGAAUAAUUGGUCUGCGGACCACCAUGCUUUUUGGUGAUGCUGUAAUGCUUGCCGCAUAUCUCUUGGCCUCCUUUACUACCAAGUUAUGGCAAUUGUAUGUCACCCAAGGUUUUAUGGUCGGUUGUUCAAUAUCACUGAUUUUCGUUCCAGCAACAACCGUCUUACCAGGAUGGUUCUUGAAAAAAAGAGCUGUCGCAAUGGGUGUCUCAUUAUUGGGUACCGGUGCUGGUGGUGUCGUUUACGGUUUGGCUACAAACAAAAUGCUUUCUGACUUUGGAAAUACCCGGUGGUGCCUUCGUAUCAUAGGCAUAUCGUGUAGCAUAAGUGUUCUAGUUGCUAUUGCGCUCUUAAAAGAAAGAAACCCUACACCUGCCAUAGGAUUGAAAUCGCCUCGGGCCAUGUUUGAACAGCUCAAAGCAAUGUUUUCAUUAAAGGUUAUAACUAAGCCAUUUGUGGUACUUAUUGCAUUAUGGUUCAUGUUCGCAUUAUUUGCCUACAAUAUGAUGGUUUUUACUUUAUCUUCAUACGCAAUCUCGAAAGGAUUAUCAUCGCACGACGCUUCCACAUUGACUGCCAUUUUGAACGGCUCGCAAUCCAUCGGAAGACCUCUGAUGGGUUUAGCGGGAGAUAAGUUUGGUAGGGCAAACGUAACGAUCGUAUUAACCACUUUGUUAACAAUAUAUAUGUUUGCGUUCUGGAUCCCCGCUCAUACGUUUGUUCAACUCAUCUUUUUUUCAAUUCUAGUUGGCUCAUGCGUUGGUGUCGCCAACGUCAUGAAUACCGUUCUGAUUGCCGAUAUGGUUAAACCAGAAGAGUUUUUGCCCGCUUGGGCCUUCGUCAACUACUGUGGUGCGCCUUUCUUAUUGGUUUGUGAGGUGAUUGCCCAGGCAUUGACGGUGGAGAAAGAUAAGAGCAAUCCUUACUUACAUGCACAAAUUUUUUGCGGUUGCUGCUUUAUUGCCGCACUAAUUUUAAUUUCUAUCCUUCGUGAAUAUUCUAUCAGGAUGAAAUUAACGGAAAGACAAGCUAUGACAAACGAGAAGUUAAAAGAAUGGAAGGCAAGCGAAUACGAUACCGAUUCUGCCGAUGAAGAUUGGGGUAAAUUAAAAGAAAGAAAGACUAAAUAUGACCUUCUUUUAGGUCCGGGCAUUAAAAAAUACUUCCUAAGAAUGGUAUAUCCAAUGAAGGUCUAG